AUGGCCAAUGUCACUGUACCAGAACUCACUGGCAAGACCCUGCCCAACGGCCAGGGGGUGGAGGAGGAGUCCACAGGAAUGCCCCAGGGUCCCAAUGGCUUCAAGGCUCACCUCGGGAUCAUGGACUCUUCAGGAACCCAAGCAAUUACCCAGCAAUCUGCAAGGCCCAUGCUGUUCUUGCCCCUGCUCAGUGGAAACUUGGAGGUAAUCUCCCUUUAUACCUCUGAAUCCAUGAAGGACCUGUCAUGCACAAAAGUACCUCGGUGCUCUGCCCACAAGGACAGACAGACAGUCCCUGUCACCAUCCUGCUCUGCAAGUCACAGAGCAGCCAGGCUGCUCUGGUCCCCAAGGAACACAAGAUGUUCAUGGAGGAAGCCUACAAUGCAGCCAUCUGCUUCAAGAUGCUCCGGGACCUGAGUGGGUCAGACCCCCUCCGCCUGAAGUGCGUCAUCAGGAAGAUCAAGAACAUGGCGCAUGGGUCCCCCAACCUGGUGCUGGAAACCAUCCAUGACUACUUCACAGACAACCCACAGAUCUCCACCCGGCACAAGUUCCGGCUGUUCCAGGUCCUGGAGAACGUCAUCAGAGCCAGCGACUCCCUGGGGGAGACCUGGGAGAAAUCCUUCAUGCAGCUGGCCCUGGAGAACAUGACCAAGACCACGGAGCUGGACGACAUGUUCCAGGAUGCAGCUAGCAACGUGCUGGUGGCCAUCUGCAAGCACUCGUGGCGGCCCGUGGCCCAGCACCUGGAGUCCAAGGUGCUGACAGGCGCCUUCCCACACCGCAGCUUCCUCUACGUGCUGGGCGUCCUGUCGUCCAGCGAGGACCUCUUCAAGAAGGGAGAGAAGGCAUGCUGGGAAGAGCAGCUGGCCCAGAUAGCCACCAAGUCAGUCCAGUUUCUGAACACUGACACGUGGUCCAAGGAGCUGCUGCAGGUGCUCACCAAGCGUGACCAGACAGAGCAGGAGCAGCGCCCGGAGAAGACCUUCCUGUACACCUACUACGGACUGAUCCUUCAAGCUGCAGAGAACGGCACCACCGUCCGGGCACACCUGCAGGCCCUCCUGGAGACGUCCCACCAGUGGCCCAAGCAGAGGGAGGGCAUCGCUCUCACCAUGGGGCUGGCUUCCAUCCGCCACCUGGACGACGUCUGGGCUGUCCUGGAAAAAUUUGGCCAGAGCGCACCCAUCAAGUGGAGUCUCCACAGCUUCUCCCCAAAGAGCUCAGAGGAUUUCCGCUGGAAAUGGGCUAGCAGCACCAUCCUGCUCUCGUACGGACAGAUGGCGGCCAAAGCCAAGCACCAUAUCCUCCCGUGGGUGGACAACAUCUUGUCAAGGAUGACCUUCUUUUUCCAAUACAGCUGCUGGGAUGACACCCUGAAGCAGAGCUUCCUCACGGCUGUCCUGCUGGUGGUGGGGGCCAUCAGCCGGAAGGAGGGCGCCCACAGCUAUGAGUUCUCCCAGGUCCCUGAGCUCCUUGACUGUCUGAUGGUUUUGAUGGAGAAGGAGCACCCAGACACACUGUGUACAUCGACUCGCCAGCAGACCAUCCACAUCAUCUCCAGCCUGUGUAAGCUGAGGCCCUCGCCAGACCUGGAGCGAAAGUCGCGGAUCCUGUCCGUCUGCCUACGCAGCGUGUUCACCCUGCCGCUGCUCGAGGUUCUGGAAAAGCACACCUGCCUCUUUCUGGAGCCACCUGACAUGCAGAUGGCAUGGAGCUGGUGCAACAAGGGGGCGGGUACCCGCCAGACGCUGGGCUGGAGCCUCUCUCCACUCCCACCCAUGCCACCCCCACUCUGGCAGGAAGCCGCCCCGCGAGGCGUGGACUUGCCUCUGCCACUGAGCAGCCCGGCGCCCUCGGGCGGGAUCCACCGCCCCCUAACGCGGUCUCCUUUUCUGCCAAAUGUGACGAUCGGGGUUGGUGGGAGACUCCUUCCCAGCACAGUGGUGGGCUCUGUGCUGGGCAGUGACAGCACCACAGGGCCCGGCCAUGGACAAGCGCGGGAAGCCAGCCACUGGCACCGAGACAGCCGUGGCCGCAGCGCCAGGCCAGCUCUGUACCACAAAACGGCAGAGGCCCUGGACCAGCUGCUGCAGACCCUCCUUGUACAGGUCCCCACGUCCAAGGAGCUUCACUUCCUGCUGUCGCACAUGUACGUCUGGCUGGCGUCAGAGAAGGCCCACGAGAGGCAGCGGGCAGCGCACAGCUGCGUGACCCUUCUCAAAUUUCUGAGCCAGAACCUCUGCCUGGACCCAGGAGAGGAAUUCAGAUGGACUGGACAGCUGGUGGGCAUGCUGGGGAUUCUAUGCCAGGAUCCCAACAAGACCACCCAGCACUCCAGCCUGGAAGGUGUGGGCCACCUCUACCAGCUGCUGGUACGCCGGAAAGCUGGGGAAGCUCAGGCAGAACUGAGGACCCCCAGCCAGCUCCCGAGCAGCGAGGACCAGAGGGCAGCUCCCUCAGACGGCCCGGGGCAGGUGUCCCCGAAGGACCACAUCUUCCAGCUUGGCAGCUCCCAAGCCAUCAAGGAGGUCAUGAAGCUCCUCACCACGCCAGAGCUGUGCAACUGCAUCUGGACAGCCAUUGACGGCCUGGGCUCACCCAGCCCCUUCCGAGUGCAAGCGGCAGCCGAGAUGCUCCUGGCGGCCACCCGGGACCACGGAGCCAAGCUGGACACCGUUGCCAAGAUGGGCCAGGCCAUCCACCUCCAGCUUUGUUCGGUCCGAAUUCCCCAAGCCAAGGAGAACGCCCUGAAGGCCGUCACCCUGCUGGCCCGGAGCCACACCUCUGAACUGGUGGCCACCUUCCUGGACUUCUCCAUACCUCUGGACAGCCACGCCUGCCAGCUGUGGAGGGCCCUGGGCGCCGAGCAGCCUACAAACCGUCUGGUGCUGGCUACACUGCUGGCCUGGUUACAGGAGCGGCCCCUGCCCACCUCGGCCGGUGAUGGCAGCCCACUGCGGCCCAAGUACAAGGCCUACCUGCGCUCGCUGGCUGCCAUGAACACGCUCCACGAGCUGCAGUUCGCGCGUGAGUUCAAGCGGGCCAUGCAGGAGGCCUUCCCCGAGCUCCUGCUGGCCCUACUCUGCCAGGUGCUCUAUGUCCUGCAGCUGAACCUGCCCAGGGAGCCCUGCCCCGAGGCCCAGGAGGCAGCCGGGCCCAGCCCCCUCAGGUGAGACUCACACAGCACAUCAGUGGAGGUGCUGAAGAGCCUCCUGUCCACCACGGGGCACUGGGACGACUUCGCCCACCUGGAGCUGCAGGGCGCCUGGGAGCUCUUCGCCACCACCCCCACCUACCCACAGGGCGUGAGUCUCCUCGCCAGAGCCAUGGUGCAGAACCUCUGCCCAAAAAUCAAAGCCGUGCUCCGGCAGCUGCUGCCCAGCCUGCAGAAUGGAGAGGAGCGUGAGAGGAAGGUGGCCAUCCUCAUCCUCACUGAGUUCCUCUACAGCCCCACCCUGCUGGAGGUGCUCCCCAAGCAGUCCGCCCUGAUCAUGCUCAGCAGAGGCCUGCAAGACCCCAGCCCCGAGGUCCGCGUGUGCAGCCUGCGCGGCCUGGGCAACAUCGUCUUCCACCCGGAGAAGGGGACCCUGCUCCGUGGGCAGCUGCCACUCUUCCUGUCCGGCUUCUUCUGUGACAAUGAGCCAGUGGUGGUGAGCCUCAUGGGAACGGUGUCGGACGUGCUGCACCGCCUGGGCGCGCUCGGCGCGGGCGCCCAGAGCCUCCGCGUCGCCAUCCACGCCCGCUCCUUCUUCGACGACGAGCGCGAUGGGAUCCGGGUGGCAGCCAUAGCAUUGUUCGGGGACCUGGUGGCAGCGAUGGACGGCAGGGAGCUCGGUGUCCUGCGAAUCCAGGUGUAUCAGAGCAUGGUGCCCCUGCUGCUGCACCUGAAAGACCACUGCCCGGCUGUGGCCACGCAGGCCAAGUUCACCUUCUACCGCUGCGCCGUCCUCCUGCGCUGGCGGCUUCGGCACACACUCUUCUGCACGCUGGCCUGGGAGCAGGGCCUCAGCGCCCGCCACUUCCUCUGGAGCUGCCUGAUGACCCACAGCCAGGAAGAGUUCAGUAUCCACUUGGUGCAGGCCCUCAGCUACUUGCACAGCGGCCACCCCCCCAUCAGGACCUGGGCGGCACUCUUCAUAGGUUACACCAUCUGCUAUCACCCCCAGGCCGUGUCCCAGAUAGUGACUGCUGUUGACACCAACCUGCUGUUCUGCACUUUUGAAGAUCUCAAAAAAGACCCUGAGCCCGGCAUCCGGGAGUUUGCCACCAGGCAGUUCUCCUUCCUCCAGAAGAUGGUGGGCAGACCGGAGCCCUGA